AUGAAAUCGCGAAUAGCAGCAUUGGCCUCGGCUAUCGCAUACUUUACAUUUGCCAAUGCAGAAGUCGCACCGGAAAUCACGAUUGUGGCGGAAGGCUACAACGUAAUCGCUAAGGUCCCUUGCGUGGAGUGUCCGUUCUUGUACCAAGACACGUCGAAAGGCAAUGAUGCGCCAUGGACGCAAAGAAAAGAUGCAAAUGCUCUGCUCUUGAAUAUAUCUCUACCCUACGACUCGGCCCACCUAAACAUCAACAACGCCGCACUAUUAACAAACAACAAGAUUCUCCCGCGCAUCUACGCCAACCAAGUGCUGGAAGACAUACCUACUGAUGACGUGGCCACGCUCAUUUCCUCAAACCAGCUCGACAACCUCGGCGGCAGCUACUUUGGCGCAUCUUAUUCGUACACACUAGCCCGUGUCAAAGAUGAGCCCAAAGCCCUACUUUUCCAAUUCGACAUCAUGGAAUUAUGGACUGAUCUUACCUCGCCCCCUCUAACUGUCUUCUUGGAUAGAAAAGAGCAGAAGAUCGUUGAACUGGUGCUUAUGCAGCGGCCUUUGCUUUCUCCAGGCGAUCCAGCUGGCGCCUAUGAGAUUGUCAAGGUCCACUUGAUUGAAAGACCGCCCGCGCGGACUAGAGGCGUCAAAGGCCCGAGAAAAGUCUCAAUGUGGUUUCAUGAUUGGGAUGCCAAUGGUAAAAAGGGCACAGCAACACAUAUCGUCAACUCAGCCUCUGAGUCCUUUGUCAACUACAUCAGCUCAGGCGUCUGGGCGCUUUUGGUCUUUGUAUUCGCAGUCAUUGCUCUAUUUGUCCUAAUCUGUUUCUUCGUCAUCUUCGGCUGCGGAUGGUGGAACGAAAACGACUACGAAAUCGCACAGCACGGCAAGAAAAACAAGAGUAACAAUAGCGGAAGAGCAAAGGACAUCGAAGCUGCACGCCGCUUCCUGAGCCCCGAAGAACUGGGUCUAAGAGGAAGUGGAAGAGUCGUCGGGGUAGGCAAGAGCGAUUGA